GAUCGAUUAAUCACGUCUGGACGCGAUCUCGAACGAACGUGACAGGAGUUCUAUGUUCGUGUAGUUGAUGUUUUAGAAUCAGAAUCCGAUUAAAUUGGCCGGUGCGGUUUCGGACAGAUCCUGGAGUUUGUUUUGUGUUUGUUUAUAUACUCGGUUCCAGGUUAUAUUCCGUUUUCUACACCGGGCUCGUGCGGGUUUACUGUUUAUACCCCGAACACACUAUUUAAGGUGGAUUUUUUUUUAAGGUGGAUUUUGGCCCGUUGCCAUGGAGCAGGUGGAGGUGGCGCUGCUUGAUGUGGUCAAGAUUUCAUGACCUGAAGCGAAACUUCCUGAAACUUCGUCUGAAUAGAGCUGGGAUAACAAAUGCAAUUGGGGAAUUGAACGAAACCGAAAACAAACUUAUCAGGAACAGAACUGAAUGAUUUAACUAGUAGCCGGACAGAAAUGCUGAUAUUUGUUUUAAUGCUGUGUGGCUUCACCUUUUGUGGACUCUGUGUGUGUGACAGAGAUACAGAAAGAUCCCAACAGGAAGAGGACAGAAAUGCAGUGUUUACAGAAGAGCAGGAGGCCAAUCAAUUUUUAGGCCGCCACCUGCUGUACAACCGAUUCGACUUUGAAAUCUUCACACCGGGAAAUUUGGAGAGGGAGUGUAUCGAGGAAUUGUGCAACUAUGAGGAGGCGCGCGAGGUUUUUGAAAAUAUUCCAGACACAGAUGCUUUCUGGAAAAAGUAUACAACCAGUCAUACGAAUCAGGAGCAGAAAAUCGACGUAACUGCUCUGUUAGUGGGCCUUAUCGCAGGUGGAGUGGCCCUCGUCAUAGUGGGUCUCCUGGUCUGGUAUACCUGCCAAAACAAGUGCAGAAAUAAGCCCAUUAGGUCUCGUUCGAGCCGCAGUAAUGCCUCUGUGAUCAUUAGGAGGUUAGAGGAGGUAUCACUGCACCCUGUCCCUCCUCCUCCUUUAUCAGAUGAAAUGGAAGCACAUGGUCUCCCCUCAUAUGAGCAGGCCAUUGCUAUAACUGGACCACACGAUGCACCACCACCACCAUAUCCAGGGUCGAGACCAGGCACCAUUCGACGAUAAGCCAAAUCUGUCAAAGCUGUAUUGGGUGGUUGUUUUUUUUUUGUUUGUUUGUUUUUUAAAACCAGAAACUGUAAUUUCAAAGUCUCUUAUAGAGCUGGCUUGGUUAUUAAUUACUGGUUUUACUUUGCUUCAUUGCUUCACAUUUUGCAGUGCUAUAUAAGUAACUACUUGGCCAGAUCAUUUCUCUUUACGUUUGUGAAAGAAUCACACUAAGAUUACACUAAGUGCAAACAGUCUAUAAUGCAGAUGAAGGAAUAUGGUUAAGAUAGGUUUGAUGAAGGAAUUUGUGAAUGCUGCUUAUAGACCUUUUCCCCCUAGUAACACUAACAUACCAAACAAAACCAGCUUUACCUCGUUUACCUCUUACCUUUUUGAUGGUUGUAGAUAUGUUUAUAAUUAAUGACUAAAUAUAUAUAUAUAUAUUUUGUUAAUCAUGUAUUUUUUUGUUCAGCCUUUGUCCUGUUGGAAAAUGUGAAAUGUAGACAAACAAAUCAGAACACUUCUAUAAAUUUAGAUUAAUGUAGCUUAUUUUUCCAGGGUAAAAGGAUGCGGUUUUGGGGGAAUGAGAUGGUCAAUCAAAGGCUUCUCCUUGUUGGCUGACCUUUUAAUGUUUUGAUAAUUAUAUACGUUUGUCACGAUAAAUAGACCUAAGUUAUGUUUACUACAAAGUAAAUAAAUUCCAAUUAAAAUACUUUGUUUCCUGUAUAACAGCACAGUAACAUUAAAAAAAUCAACUUUAUGCAUGAUAUUCAUGAUUUGAAUUUUCCAUUAAAAAUAAAAUGAUUGUGUUA